AUGCUGGAGGGCGUCAGGUUUGCGCGCAGACACCCGCGGCUGGGGCGCCUCCGGCCGGACGGCGCUGCCCGGGACCGCGCGACCUGCGGGAAGGGGCGCCUGGCCCUGCGCCGCACUUGCCCAAAACUAGUCCGCCUGAUGACAGCGGCCCUGGCGCUUCCACGUUACGAAACCCAAAUUAAGAAUUUAUUGGCCCCGCAUUUCUGCGAAGUUAUUAGACGAGAGGGCAAGGGAGAAGCGGGAGCGGUCUGCUCCAGGCCGCUGGACAGGGAAAAGCCCUUCCACGCCCCCGAGGCACGGAAAUCUGCCCCCAUCGCCCAGAACCCGGGGAUUUUUCGGGAGAUUCGGCUGCCCCAGCCAUCAGAGAAGACGUCGGGCCGGAAGGGUUUUUCCCACGGCUCGGGAUCCCACUGCAGAUAG